GAGAGCACUUUUUAUUUUUAUUUUUUAUAAAUAAGUUCUCUGAGUUUGCGAAGAGCCAGCGAGACAGGGAGAGAGUCAUGAAGAAGGACAAGGGAGUGGCAGUUUCAAGCCCUAAAAGCGGAGACGAUACAGAGAAGGAUUCACCCUUACCAACCAUCAGAUUCUCUUCACGAAAUGCUUCCUCCAAAUACGACUUUGUCAAGGUAAAGGUAUGGUUGGGUGACAAUGCGGAUCACUAUUACGUUCUAUCCAGAUUCCUUCUCAGUAGAAUGCUAACUGUCACCAAGAUACCAAAUCAUGUAGCUAUUAAAAUUGCUCUUGAACUGAAGAAGCUGCUCAUAGACAACAGCCUUCUAGAUGUCUCUCAGUCAGAUUUGGAAGCUAAUCUGUUUAAGCUUAUGGAGCGGCGGGGUUAUGGGGAAGAGUACAUUAGUCGUUACAAGAUGAUGACCAGAUUUCACCAUCAAAGAGUACCACUGGUAAUUCUUGUAUGUGGAACUGCUUGUGUUGGAAAGUCUACCAUUGCUACCCAACUGGCACAAAGGCUAAAUUUGCCAAAUGUCCUACAGACCGAUAUGGUAUAUGAAUUGCUGCGAACAGCGACAGAUGCACCAUUGGCGUCUACUCCUGUAUGGGCUCGAGACUUCAGCUCCUCUGAGGAGUUAAUCACUGAAUUUUGUAGAGAAUGCAGAAUUGUUCGUAAAGGUUUGGCUGGUGAUUUGAAGAAGGCUAUGAAAGAUGGGAAACCAAUUAUAAUUGAGGGAAUUCAUUUAGAUCCUAGCAUUUAUUUGAUGGAUGACGAAAAUAAAACACCAGCUAAUUUGCUGGAAAAAUCUAAAGAGGCUAGUUAUGCGUCUGUGACAUGUGACGAUAACACUGCAACAGACUUGGGAAAAAAUUAUCCUGGUGCUUGCGGAAGUAACAGUGAAAAUAGCAAUAGUCUCUCGCAUGCGAGUUUAGAAGAAGGCAUAUCUACUGAUCUGGUGAAUAAAGCUUCGGACACUCUGGAAUCAAUCAACUUGGCAGGAAGUGUCCCUGGGAGCAAAGGCGAAACUGUUAGAGAUCCAGAGACAGGAGGAAAUACUUCUGUUAGGAAAGAGAAGUCUGGUGCUGAACCAAUAAUUAUACCUAUAAUUCUGAAGAUGGCUGAAUUUGAUCAUAAGGCAUUACUAGAGGAGUGGAUCACGACCCGAAUAUUCAAGGAUAAAUGUCUAGUCCAGGACAAAGAUAAGCUAAUGACCAACUUAAAAACUAUUCAGGACUAUCUUUGCUCGUUCGAGUCACAGGGUUUGACUGUUGCAGAUAUAACUGCAACGACAUUCCCACAAACACUGGAUUGGCUGCACAGUUAUCUUCUUCAGUGCAUUGAGCAGGGCAUUUCAUCUGAGUCCAAUGAAGAUGGAAGAUAGUCAGCUGAAAAUUAGAACACGUGCACAGUUAGCCGUUGUAAUGAUAUCUAUUCAAGUGGCAGAGAACAAAAUCGAUGAGGCUUCUGGACGCAAUUACAUUUUGCAGCUGAGAGUUGGGAGGAUCAAAUGUAAGGAAGUGAAUGGAAAAGGGAGUUUUUCAAAGGACCUUUCUUGAGCCUCUGACGCAGCUUCUUUUAACUGCAAUUCCAUUUCGGUGACCAAUUCCCAGCCUCUUGCGAAAACCUGUACUUCCCGAAAUUUGGCUACCCAAUUAUUGAGACUGGAUCAUGGCUCUAGAGAGGAUGCAUGCAGGUCCCCACUACUACAUGGUUAGAUACGUUAUUGGCAUCAUAUAACCGGUUCAUCAAUUUGUAGAGGGAGUGAUUACAAUUUAAGUCUAGUCUAAUUAUAUGGUAAAUGCAUCAAAGUCAUCUUUUUCUUGAUUACCAUCUCCUUUCCUUACGAUGUAAUUAUUCGCGAAAUGCAUUCUCUGUUCACCUUUGUAGAUAAAUAACAUUAGCACAAACCGAUGUGAUUGCUGUUCCUGUUUUUCUUGUUACCCCCUGCCUUAAUGUGCAUUGAGAAAAGACAAAUGAAGAAAAAACCAUUUGUGAGUUUGUCGUCA